AUGGUUUUAUACACUUCCCCAUUUCCCAACAGCUUUCUGUCAGUUCUACAUUCUUUUUCCUGGGGCCUGAUUUUCCCAUGUUACUGGUUAGCGGAUAGGCUUGUGGCCUCUUUUGUUCCAACCACCUAUGAAAAGCGUCAGAGAGCAGAUGACCCAUGCUAUUUUCAUGCACUCUGCAUCAUUAUUACCACUCCCAUCUACUUGGCACUAUUGGUAGCCUCUCUUCCUUUUGCUCUGAUUGGCUUCUUGUUGUGGUCCCCGCUCCAGUCGGCCAGAAGGCCCUACAUCUACUCCAGACUAGAAGACAAGAACCAUGCCAAUGGAGCCACACUGCUCACAGAAUGGAAGGCUGCUGGGAAUGGGAAAAGCUUCUGCUUUGGCAGUGCCAAUGUUUGCCUGCUGCCAGAUUCUCUGGCAAGAUUUAAUAACGUUUUCAACACCCAGGCUAGGGCUAAAGAGAUUGGCCGGAGGAUCCGAAAUGGAGCAAGCAGACCACAGAUCAAAAUAUAUAUAGAUUCUCCUACCAACACAUCCAUCAGUGCAGCAAGUUUCAGCAGCUUGGUCUCCCCCCAGGGUGGAGAUAGCACUAACCGUACUGUUAAUGCUGGCAUCAAAAGGACAACGUCAAUGGAGUAUAAAGGAGACAAUUCUGGUUCAAACAAUGGCGAGGAGAGUAGAGAAGACAAAAGUGGAGCUGGAGAGCAAAAUGAGGGAGAAGAAAACACUUGUAUUGUUCGUAUAAAUGGAGAGGAUAAUGGCCACGUGUCAGACAUGGAAACAGACACCGUCAACGGUCAGGCUCGUGCCAGUGGCCCAGUGGAGCCCUCGCUGGAAGGUGACUCAGAGAUCUCAAAAACACCAAACCACAAACAGAAGGAAGGAGAUUCUGGGAGUUUAGACAGCUACUCUGCCUCACGAGAGUCCUUAGUUAAAGUCCGUGUUGGAGAUGGCACAGUGGACCAAAGCACUGUCAACAACAAGCUCCUCUACAAAGCUUCAAUCAUGAAGAAGACUUCAGUGCGGAAAAAGAAGCAUACAGACGAGACCUUUGAUCAUGAGAUAUCUGCUUUCUUCCCUGCCAACUUGGACUUUCUGUGUUUGCAGGAAGUAUUUGACAAAAGAGCUGCAGAGAAAUUGAAAGAGCAGCUUCACCACUAUUUUGAAUACAUUGUCUACGAUGUUGGGGUCUACAGUUGCCAUGGCUGCUGUAGCUUCAAGUUUGUGAACAGUGGUCUACUUUUUGCCAGCCGCUAUCCUGUUAUGGAUGCUGCCUAUCACUGUUACCCCAAUGGAAGAGGAACGGACUCCUUGGCUUCCAAGGGAGCCUUGUUUCUCAAGGUGCAAGUGGGAAGUACACCUCAGGACCAAAGAAUUGUGGGAUAUAUUUCCUGCACUCACUUGCAAGCUAUUGCAGGAGACACUACUGUUCGAUGUGAGCAGCUGGAUAUGCUUCAAGAUUGGCUGUCUGAAUUCAGAAAAUCUACCUCCUCCUCCAGUACAGCCAAUCCAGAGGAGCUGGUGGCUUUUGAUGUCAUAUGUGGAGAUCUCAACUUCGAUAACUGUUCCUCUGAGGACAAGCUGGAGCAACAGCAUUCUCUGUUUACACACUACAAAGACCCGUGUCGAAUUGGUCCUGGGGAGGAUAAACCAUGGGCAAUCGGUACCUUGUUGGAUCCUGAAGGAUUAUAUGAUGACGAAGUGUGCACUCCAGACAACCUACAGAAGGUGCUGGAAAGUGAAGAAGGAAGGAAAGGAUACUUAGUCUAUCCCACCAGCAAGAACCACAGUUCCAGUCAAAAGGGGAGGAAGGCAUCUCUGAAAGGAAACGGGAGGAGGAUUGACUAUAUGCUGUACACAGAAGAAGGUCUCUACCUGGAAUGGAAAGUGGAGGUGGAAGAGUUCAGCUUUAUUACCCAGCUAGCAGGCUUGACAGACCACCUACCAGUAGCAAUGCGCCUCAUGGUGUCUACAGGAGAAGAUGACCCUUAA